AUGGUGUCACAGCAGCUGACCAUCACCAUUCCCGGGCUACCCAGCUGCGAUGCUUCUAAGUCCAACAUACUCGCUUCGCUGUCACGAGGACGGUACGUCAAGGAUGUGUUUCACGGAGCUGAAACGGUCGCGGCUAUGCGGACGGCGGCAGCUCGCGACAAAGUCUUUCUUUUCGAAGAGGACUUGCCAAGUUCGAAAGCCAGAGCCGAAGAGUACUUGCUCUCGAUUGCCUGCUCCUCUCUUUCAAACUGGACCAACGACAGCGAGCAAUCACCACUUGCUCCUUAUCGGUCUUUGGAUGGCGCGCGCACGCACCGUAGGAACAUCAGCGAGUCAUCGAAUGCUACACUGGUCAAUAAUGCAGAAGACUCCCCAUACUCCCCUGCUACCGCGCACUUCAAAGACAUUGCAGGACAUCGACGAGGUCCCAGCGACCUUUCAUCGUCAGCAACUGCUCAGGAGACCGCGACAUUAUUAUUAGAGAACAGCGAUCUUGGACUCUCCGGUAUGAGUCCGAGGCACUGGGAUGGUGAUGCGGAAUGCCGGAACAUCUCCUCGCGAUCAUUUUCAAUCCGGACUACUAUACCUGACGCUGCGCAAGAACAAGCCGAUCAUCUUUCAUCUGACGAACUGACGAACGGCCUGCUGCUGUGGAGCCAUCGAGACUCCAGAGGGCAAUUCAACUGGGACCAGAACAUCGUAGAUGCCUCAUCUGCAAGCUGUGACUUCAGUCAUUUGACAGAGCUGGACGACAUCUUCACCUUUACUGGCAACUCAUUCCUGCCCACUUUGCCACCGCAAACGAACGACUUUCCGCCCAUCUCAACGUACGGACAGCCAGCUCUGCAUACGACACCUCUCCUUCCAGGACCAGUGUCGCCUCUCAAUGGAGGUCACAUACCGCCCCGGAGAUCAUCGGCCGUCCAUAUACCAGGACUCAACCCACGGGACCAAGAGUACCUUCGCGUUGAAGGAUGCUUCGACCUGCCCCCUCCUCAUGUCCUCAGAGUCAUGAUGCGGAUGUACUUCAAAAUGGUGCACCCCAAUCUUCCGAUCGUUGCGGAAGACCAGUUCUGGGCGCUUUGGGGUGGCGACGAGUUGCGAGUUGGGGAGUUCUCCUUCCUGUUACUGCGGGCAAUGAUAUUUGCCGCCACGAGCCUCCUGUUCGACUUCGGUAUCGAGCGCGAGGCUAUUGCCAGCGCGCAAGCAUGCCUCUUACUGUCUUAUAAUGCACCCAAUUAUAACCUGCUCCGGCUGAAUACUUACUGGAUCACCAAUGCCAUCCGCUUUGCGCGAAUAGCAAGAGCCGACUCUUACCACCGAAUUAAAGACCCUGUCAAGUCGAAAAUGCUCAAGCGCAUUUGGUGGGGUGUCAUCCUCCGAGAUCGAAUACUUUCGCUUGGUCUUCGAAGAUCAAUCCAGGUACCGCUCGAGAAUGAUUGGGACACGGAGAAGCAUGUUCUGCAAGCAGAAGACUUCCAGCCGGAGUUGGGUAACUCUCCGAUGCACGAUACUGAAACACAGCUCCGAAUAUUCGAGAUGCUUGGAACGAUGUGCCGUCUUGCGCAAUGUCUUACGCAUACCAGCCGGAUCUUGUACAAGCACGAAAGGCUCGAUGAUAGGCUUGAAUAUGCUUCGCGAUCACUUCCAACCUUGGUGUCCGACAUACAGCGGUCUUUAGAAUCGCUGCGUCUCUGGCAUGAGCAAGCUAUACGAGCCUUUCCAUUUCCGAUCAGCUUGGACGACGCGCAUGAGACGAUAUGUAUUUAUGCGAACAUGAUGUUCUCGUAUCAUGCAUCCGCAGUGUUUGGACUCAAUACAUACCUGAUCCUGCUCCGGGAGGUGUUUCCGGCGACGAAGUCGAUGUUCUCGCUCGAAGAAGCUCGAGAAGCGCUUGAGAUCGCAAACAACGAUGUCUCUCGGCGCACGCAAGAGCUCGUCCAAGUACGACUUGUGAAGUACUUGCCAAUCAGUGCUUCCGCUGUCCUCGCACUCCCGCUCAUCCUGCAAGCGAUCAACGUCGCAGCUGCACGCGGAUCCGGGAUGGAAUCGGUCGAGAUUCGGCGGCUGGACGUGUUCACCAAGACAUUGAAGAGUCAACAGCAGAACUUCGAUGGGUCAGACUUCUGCGCCGAUGUCCUCGCAAACAUCGUCGCCUAUGCGCAGGAUGACUCCAAAUUUGUGACGUCCAUGAAGUCGGAUAAUAAGGCCUGGAAGUCGGAUCAUAAGGAUACCAAUGGGCAUGCUGCGGGAGGUCCUCCACAGGGCAAGAUCAAGCUGGAUUGGGGCAAUUUGGUAUUCAAGAGGCCACGAUUGUUCUUGCGCAUGGUUUUGUACAUUGACCAUGCCUUCUGCACUGGUGGGCCGCCGCAGGAGGAAGACUUCCCUGCAGAAUUGCAGCGUGGCGCUGUCUGA